AUGGGCUGUAUUAUUAAAUCGAGAGCAGAGAAGUUUACCCUCAUUCACUUCUUUCCUUUUUCACUUGGUGCCUGUAUUGUUGGAUCAGUGCUUAUGCUUAUCUUUGCCUUUUCAAGCCUAAUAGAAUCUCGCCUGAGCAGCUGUUUUGUCUCCCGGCAGCUUCACGCUUUCCAUCAGUCCCUCCGAGAUCUCAGCAGUGAACAGGCUCGCCUUGGAGAAGAUUUCAACAGGGAACUCUCCAGAAGAAGCCGAUCAGAUGCUGAAACAAAAAGAGUUUUGGAAGAACUGGCUGAAAAACUUAAUGAAGCCCAGAAACAAGAAGUGUUUACUUGGUCUUUUUUCUCAUUGGACAAUGUCCUUGUUUUUUCUUCAUUCAUAUUUAAGGUUUCCGAUCGGGUGGAGCGAAGGCUUCAGGAAAUUGAAAGAGAGAUGCGUACAGAAAGAGAGCUGGUGGAAAGACGUCAAGAUCACCUGGGUCUUAUGUCCUUGCAGCUACAGGAGGCACUGAAGAAGCAAGACGUUAAAGCAGAUAAGAAUGAAGACAUAAUCAAAAAUAAGCUAAGACAAACUGAAAAUGAGAAGAAUCAACUUGAACAGGACUUGGAGCUGUCUCGAAGGCUGCUGACUCAGUCAGAAGGUAGCAGGGAGACUCUGCUGCAACAGGUCCAGGAGCUGCGCACACAGUUAACGAAGGCAGAAGGCGACCGGAAAGGCUUGCAGCAUCCAGCGUCUCAGGUUGCCAGGCAGUCAAGCCAUUAGGACGAGCAAGGAGAUGACUGGAAGUUUAGGAGAGGAGUAGAGCGGGAAAAACAGGAUAUGCAGAAGCAGAUGUCCGAUUUCAGAGUGCAGCUGAACCUGAGUACCAUGGCGUCUGAGGUAGAGGAGGUGAAGCGGUGCCUGGAGCGCAAGGACAAGGAGAAAGCGCACUUGUCAGCCAAAUCCAGGUCGAAUUUAACUCACGAGUUGGAGAGCAGGGAAAAACAACAGUUGCACAUGCUGAAUCAGCUCAGGGAGAUCCAAAAUCACUUUGAGACGAGCGAGGCUGAGCGCAAGCGAGCUGACCUCCAGAUCGCGGAGCUGACGCAGCACGCCGAGGAUGCCACCAAGCAGGCCAAACAGUACCUGGCUGAGCUGCGGCAGUCGGAGGCCCUGAGGGAGGAGGCUGAAAGACGCAGAGAAGACCUGAAGCUGAAAGCCCAGGAAUCCAUCAGGCAGUGGAAACUGAAGCAUAAGAAACUAGAGCGAGCAUUGGAGAAACAGUCUGAAACUCUUGAUGACUUGACAGAAAAGAACAAUCAGAUUUUAAAAGAAAAGGAGGAAUUGAAAAGCCAGCUUUAUACAGCCUUACAACAAACAGAGAAUCUGAGAAAGGAAAAGGAGUUGAAUGAUGUCAUAAGUAAGCGCAUCCUUCAAGAGGAGGAACUUCACUCCAAGGAAAAGAAGUUAAAUGAUGUUGAAUCUCAUCAAGCUGAACUUGAACUAGAAGUCAAGAAUUCGCUAGAGAACAUCCAUAGAUUAGAAAGUGAAUUGAAAAAACACAGUAAGAUUCAAAGCCAGAUGAAAGCUGAGAAAGCCCACCUGGAGGAGGAAAUCACUGAGCUGAGGAAGAGCCAGGCUCAGGACAAGGCGAAACUCCUUGAGAUGCAAGAGUCCAUCAAGGACUUGAGUGCCAUUCGAGCAGAUCUUGCUAACAAAUUGGCUGAGGAAGAGCGAGCCAAGAGAGCGGUGCUUAAGGACCUUGCUGACCUCACCACACAGGCCAAGUGCAAGGAUGAAGAAACAGCUACGGUCAUCACACAGUUAAAGCUAGAACGAGAUGUUCACCAGAGGGAGCUGGAGGAUCUCACAGCCUCAUUGCAGAGCGUGAAAACGAAGCACGAACAAAAUAUCCAGGAGCUGAUGAAGCACUUUAAGAAAGAAAAGACCGAAGCGGAGCAUCACAUUAGGACGCUGAAGGCCGAAAGUGCAGAAGAUAAGAAUAUAGCUAAAGCCCAUCGUUGUCAGCUGGAGAAGUUGAAGUCACAGUGUGAGAAACUGACAGAGGAAUUAAGCCAGAAUGAAAAUGAGAAUAAGAAAUUGAAGCUAAAAUAUCAAUGUUUGAAGGAUCAACUAGAAGAGAAGCUGGCUGUGACUGUUUCAGUCCUGAACACCUCUACAUGA